AUGGCACACACUGCUCGUCCCGAAGACAAAGUCAGCUCAUUCAUACCCUUCAAGAUCACGCAAGCUCUCUUCCCUCUGCUAACAGCGAGCUUUUCGGAUCAACGUGGACGUCGGCCCGUUUUCAUUGUUUGCUUGGCAGUAUACCUAAGUGCAAACAUCGGUCUCGCCUUGCAGACUAGUUAUGGUGGGCUGAUGGCACUGCGUUGCCUGCAGAGCUUCGGUAGCAGCAGCUUGUCAGUCGUGGGCAUCGCAUACUUAUCGGAUAUACUCACCCGUGCAGAACGCAGCAAAUACCGCAUCUAUACCUCCUCAGGCUACACCUUGUCUCACCUUGUCGGCCCCGUCACCGGGGGUCUCCUAGCGCAGUUUCUCGGCUGGAGAAGUGUGUUCUGGUUCCUGGCCAUAUUUGCGGCUGUCACAUUAUUGUUCAUCCUGGUGUUCCUGCGCGAGUCAUGUCGCGCCUUAGUGCACAACGGAGAAGUACCGCCUCAGCGCUGGAAUCGAGCGCUAAUAGACUUCCUCCAUCCGCUCGAAUACCGUCAAGAUACCCCAUGGCCACGCACACCCGGGCGCACGCGUGGAGUCCUGGAUACAAUUCGACUCCUCAGCCACAGGUCGACAUGCCUGCUCUCCAUAUUUUCAGCCGUGCUAUUAUGCGGAAAUAUGGCCAUCUUUGUCAGCAUUCCGGUCCUCUUCCAGGACCAAUAUGGCUUUCAACCAUGGCAAGUCGGACUUACCUACGUGCCCUACGCCGUAGGGGGUUUCGCCGCGCGCUGGAUCGUUGCCCCUCUCACUACGAAAAAUAAGCAGCGAUACCGUCGUUGCAUCGGUGUUGAGGCCAUGGAUCGGAGUCCCCAAGAACUCCCCUUUGAACGCGCUUGUCUGCAAGUCAUCCUUCCUCUUGUCUAUAUGGCCUGUAUCUGGAUGGCAGUAUAUGGGUGGCUGAUGAAGCGUAAUGUCCAUCCCGCCGGUCCAUUGGUCAUGCUUUGUUUCGCCGGCAAUGCUAUCACGGGGGCCAAUAUCGGAAUCACCGGGCUGCUGCUGGCAAUCCAUCGAAGGCGGCCUGCGGUGGUGCUGGCAGCUGCAAAUUUGGUCCGGUUUCUAUGCGCGGCAGGCGCGGUAGCGGGCAUCCUCCCGUUGGUCAAGACUGUUGGCAUCGGCUGGACAGGAAGUAUUAUGGCUGGAGUGUAUCUGCUUUUUUCGGGAUUGUUGUGGGUGGUUUUUUGUUAUGGGCAUCACUGGCGGACCAUUGAGCAGAAGGAAUGA